GUCCCCUUUGGGCCACCGUAGGUGUCCUUCCUACUAUUUCUUCCGGUAGAAACACCGCACCAAGGAGAAAUAAAGCCGCACAGAAACAAGCCCCACGUUUUAGCUUCGCUGGUUUUCUCGGCCACAGCCAACGCGCCUCUCCAUGCUGCUGUGCCGGGUUUCGGCAGGAAGCCAGACGCUAGCGAGGUGGGGACGGGGCUCACAGCGGGGAGACGGCCUCCGCCGCGGGGCCCUCUCCUUCCUCUCCUGCCGUCGUCAUGGCGUCAGUUCAGGCGAAGGCAGCGCUCAGCCCGAAGACUCGGGCUCUGCUCAGGGACUGUACCGGGACACGGUCCUGCUUCCGCGGACUGAGUUCCCUAUGAAACUCAGCGGACAGAAGCUGCUGGACCGAGAACUGGAGAUCCAACAGAAAUGUGGAUUUGCAAAUUUAUACUCCUGGCAACGAGAGAGAAAGUCCAAGAAGGAGUUCUGCAUCCAUGAUGGACCACCAUACGCCAAUGGAGACCCUCAUGUAGGACAUGCACUUAAUAAGAUCCUGAAGGACAUUCGAAACCGCUUUGAGAUGCUCAGGGGCCGCCAGGUCCACUACAUCCCAGGCUGGGACUGCCAUGGCCUGCCAAUUGAGCUGAAGGCUCUGGGAGAGGAGGGGGCCACCAACCUGACUCCACUACAGAUCAGGCAGAAAGCACGAGAGUUUGCUGAGCGGGCCAUAGCCCGUCAGAAGGCUGCUUUCCAACGCUGGGGGGUGAUGGCAGACUGGGACCAGUGCUACUACACUUAUGAUGGAACCUAUGAGACUGCUCAGCUGAAUGUUUUCCAGGAAAUGCAUGACAAGGGUAUCAUCUACCAGGACUAUAAGCCAGUCUUCUGGUCUCCUUCAUCAAGAACUGCUUUAGCAGAGGCAGAGUUGGAGUACAACCCUAAACAUGUGAGCAGAGCCAUCUACGCCAUGUUCCCUAUGAUCAAACUGCCACUUAAUAUAGCUCCUGAAAAAGCAGGUCUGGAACAGGUCUCUGUGUUGGUGUGGACCACCCAGCCCUGGACCAUUCCUGCCAACCAGGCUGUCUGCUACAUGCCCAAUGCCCAGUACUCUGUGGUGAAGAGGGCAGACAGCUCUCAGCUGCUGCUGGUUGCCACUGAGCGCACAGCCAGCAUGUCUAUACUUCUAGCCACACAGCUGGAGAGUGUGGCCACCUUCACAGGCUCCCAGCUCGAAGGAUGUAUCUGCAAACACCCCACACUCCAGGACAAGCAAGUGCCGCUGUUGCCAGCCAAUCACGUAACUAUGGCAAAGGGAACAGGAUUGGUCCACACUGCACCGGCUCAUGGCAUGGAGGAUUACAGUGUGGCUUCACACUUUAAACUCUCAGUGGACUGUAUAGUGGAUGAGGAUGGUAAAUUCACCAAGCUGGUUGGUCCAGAACUACAGAAUCUAUCUGUGAUGACGGAAGGCACUGAUAAAGUGAUUUCCAUGUUAAAAGAAUGUGGAGCAUUGGUGAAAGAGGAGCAAUGUGUUCACAGCUACCCAUAUGACUGGAGAACGAAGCAGCCCGUUGUCAUCAGACCCAGUAAACAGUGGUUCAUCAACACAGCAUCACUCAAAGACAAAGCCAAGGAUGCUCUGCAGAAGGUACAUGUUUUGCCAGAGUCAGCAAGGGGCAGCCUUCUAGCCAUGCUCGACAGAAGGACAUACUGGUGCAUUUCCAGACAGAGAAGCUGGGGUGUCCCGAUCCCAGUAUUUUACCACAGGGAGACCAGCGAACCUCUAAUUAAUAAACACACGGUGGCCCACAUUGCACAUCUUUUCAAAGAAAAGGGCAGUGACUGUUGGUGGGAGCUUCCUAUUGAGACCCUGUUGCCAGCAGAUGUGCUAAAAAAGAGUAAAGCAGGUCCAGUAGCUGACUACAUACGAGGAGAGGAUGUGCUGGACAUCUGGUUUGACAGCGGCACAUCAUGGGCUGCUGUGCUAGAAGAAUCGGACCCUAGAGCAGAUGCAUAUGUGGAGGGGAAAGACCAGAUUGGCGGCUGGUUUCAGUCGUCACUGUUCACCAGCGUCGCUGUCAGGAACAAGGCACCUUACAAGUCCCUGGUGGUCCACGGCUUUGCGGUCAGUGAGAGGGGAGACAAGAUGUCCAAAUCGCUGGGCAAUGUCGUGGAUCCUGAUGUAAUCAUUAAUGGAGGAAAGGACCCCAGCCUGACACCCUAUGGCGCAGAUGUGCUGCGUUGGUGGGUGGCAGAGUCAAACAUCUUUUCUGAGGUCCAAAUCGGGCCAAGUGUGCUGAAUUUAGCUAGAGAAAACAUGAGCAAGUUGAGAAGCAUUUUAAAGUUCCUGCUCGGUAACCUCCAGGGCUUCGACCCACGUGUUCAGGCUGUGGACCCCAAACAGAUGCACUAUAUUGAUCAGUAUAUGCUGCACAUGUUGCGCGAGUUCAGCAUCAAGGUCACAGAUGCCUACAGUGAGUUUGAUGCUAGUAGGGUCAUCCGUACCCUUCAAGCCUUCAUCACUAGAGACCUCUCCAGCUUUUACUUCAGCAUUAUUAGAGACAGACUCUACUGUGAACCAGAGGGCUCAUUGGGCAGAAGAUCAUGUCAGACGGCUUUAGAGGAAAUUCUGGAUGGAGUGACGAGAUCCAUAGCUCCCAUCCUGCCACAUUUGGCUGAAGAGGUCUAUCUGCAUGCGCCAGGACAUGACGAGGGGGAGACAUUAUUUAAAAGUGGCUGGAUCAAAAGCAGCUCUGUGUGGCGGCGACCAGGAUUGGAGGAAGCUGUUGAAGGGGCGUGCGCCAUCAGGGAAUCGUUCCUGUCUUCCAUUCCAGGCAAACAUGCUGCCCAGUAUGACCUCACUAUCGCCAUUGAACCUGGUCUGUUAUUUGAACUCAUGGAGUCUCUCCAAGAGGAGCCAUCCUCCACCUCUUCCCAGCUGGCAGAGCUGAUGAUGGCAGCGCGGGUCAAUCUGACCAGUGAGAUGCCCCGUGACCUGCCUCCAGAUGCCCUGCUGACCCAAGGCACCUUCCUAAUCAACCUGGAGGGCGGUGUCAUCUGUGAGGAUAGUGCCUACAGUAUCGCAGCGGUGCCCACAUCUGCCGCCCGGUGCCCGCGGUGCCGUCGCUACACUGCUGAGUCAGAAGACUGCCUGUGCCCACGAUGCAAAUCAGCUGUUUCACAGUCUCACUGACUCGUUAAGCACCAUGUGCCCAUCACGAUGUCCUCCCCCUCCGUUUGACUUUAGUUGCCCUUGCGAAUUGAACGGAGAGCUUUUCUUUUACCUGUGACUGUCUGCUAAAAAAAUGUAAAACAGUGUAUUUAAAAAAAACUUUUGGCAGUGACAAAUUGCCACUUAGCAUUCAAUGGUAAUGGCCUAACAGCACAGAACUAAGCAUACUGUAUGUAAUGUGAGUUUGCUUUUAGCACUUAAAUAUUUUGCCUAACCAGCACAUGGGAACUAUUAGUGUCAUUACCUUUAAACUUGUUUCAAAAUCGUUACUUACUAUAUACAUGUUGGUUUUCAGUCUUGAUGGAACCCAGAUCAAUAAGUUCUGAUUUGUGUAAAUGUCACUGUGUGACAACAAUAGAGGGUUUAUGUUCUGGGAAAACCUUUGGUAUGAUGCAUUCAUACCAUGUAAACUAUAAAUAAACACUGUAGAAUUUUAUUGUGAAGGUGUGAAUAAAACAAGUUGCCAAGAA